CGGGAACCCUUUUCUGUGUGUAGUUGUCGCCUUCGAAGCGUGCAGACGUGCGUACCUCGAGCUCCGUCGUGUGAAAGAGCAGCGCCACUCUGUACUGCAGUUGUGUGUGGCGUUUGUGCAAAGUGUGAACUAGGGAGUUUCUUAACAAAAGUAACUCCCUGCCGUCGGCGGGUGGAAUAGUUGUUCUUCUUCCCCCCUCUCCACGCCCUGUUUCGUGCCAUUGUGCAACAUUCCUGGCCGUUGUUGUUUUCCCAAAACCUGUUUCACCGUGCGUUAGUGUGCGUGCGUGAGAGUGUGUGUGUGUGUGUGGCGCUCAGUUGUGUAAACUUACAUUUAUUUUCCAUUGGCCGGUUUUCUAGGCAGAGGAAUAUUGUUUUCCACAAGAAAUCCGAAACUGGUUUUUCCCCUGCGAGCGUGUGUUUGUGUCUUCAAGUGUGUGUGUGUGUGUGUGUGUGUGUGUUGUGACAAAAAGAAGAUAUCCAACGAUCCACACACCCUUUAAAGGGUGGGAAGUGAAGAAAGCGCCAACCGUCUCAUUGUCCUCCGGUGCUUCGAGUGUGGCGGCACUUUUUGGCUCUUCAACACACAACGCCUAAUGUAUCGCAACACCUCCGCAUAGAGCAGCUAAUAAAAAGACGACAAAAAUGUUAAAAUCAUUAGGCGGCAUGGUGCCGCUUGGCCAAACCGUUUGGCUACUACUCAUCACCGUCAGCAUAAUCUCUGCAGAAUAUUAUCAAAAAGACUCCUACUCCGAGUAUGACUGCAACGAACCGCUGCUGGAGCACGCCGUCCUUUCGGCAACUUCCCAGCUGCGUGAGAGAGGACCGGAAAAUGCACGGCUAAACGGCCGAUCGGCAUGGACACCGGUCGAGAAUACGUACUUCCACUUCCUCACGAUCGACAUGGGCGAGCGGAAGAUGGUGCGCAAGAUAGCGACGGCGGGCCGGGUGACGACGAGCGAAUGCGUCACCGAGUACAUCGUCCAGUACUCGGACGAUGGGGAGCUGUGGAAAUCCGUCACGGACAGUAGCGGAGAGGAGCAGCUGUUUAAGGGCAAUCGAGAUGGCGAUUCCGUACGCAUGAACUCGUUCGAGGUGCCCAUCAUCGCGCAGUGGGUGCGCAUCAAUCCAACGCGCUGGCAGAACCGAAUCUCGCUGCGUGCGGAGCUGUACGGAUGUCGUUAUGAGUCCGAAAGCAUCUACUUCAACGGCACGGGGUUGGUGCGGUACGAUCUGUUGCGCGAUCCGAUAGCUGCAACGCGUGAAUCCAUCCGGUUCCGCUUCAAAACGGCCCACCCGAACGGUGUGCUGCUGUACUCGCGUGGAACGCAGGGCGACUACUUUGCGCUCCAGAUCAAGGACAAUCGGAUGGUGCUGAAUGUGGAUCUGGGGGCGAAGAUUAUGACGUCCCUGUCCGUUGGCAGUCUGCUGGACGAUAACAUCUGGCACGAUGUGGUGAUUUCGCGCAAUCGGCGUGAUAUCAUCUUCAGCGUGGAUCGUGUGAUCGUACAGCGUCGCAUCAAGGGCGAGUUUGAUAAGCUUAAUCUUAACCGGGAGUUCUAUAUCGGUGGUGUACCGAACCUUCAGGAAGGGCUCGUCAUUCAGCACAACUUUACCGGGUGUAUCGAAAAUUUGCACUUUAACGCGACCAACUUCAUUCGCGAAAUGAAGGACGCCUUCUACGAUGGGGAACAUUUGCGGUACAAAAUGACGCACGUCACGUACAACUGUCCCGAGCCACCGAUCAAUCCGGUCACGUUUCUGACGCGCGGAUCGCACGCCAAGCUGAAGGGUUACUACAGCUCGAAGCAGUUCAACGUCAGCUUCGCGUUCCGCACGUACGAGGAGAAGGGGCUGAUGCUGCACCACGACUUCCUGCAGGGUUCGGUGCAGGUGUUCCUGGAGGAGGGCAAGGUGAAGGUGCGCCUAAAGGAGGACAACUACGAGCACAACCCGGGCACGAUACUGGACAACUACGAGGAGCAGUUUAACGAUGGCAACUGGCACCACAUGAUGCUGACGAUCAAGAAGAACAGCUUGGUGCUGAGCAUCGACGAUCGACCGAUGGAGACGACCAAGCUGAUUGACAUUACGACCGGCACUCUCUACUACAUCGGAGGUGGCAAAACGAAGGACGGUUUCGUUGGCUGUAUGCGAUCGUUUGCGAUCGAUGGCAACUACCGUAUCCCGACCGACUGGAAGGAGGAAGAGUACUGCUGCAAGGGCGAGAUCCUGUUCGACGCCUGCCACAUGGUCGAUCGGUGCAAUCCGAACCCCUGCAAGCACAGCGGCAUCUGCAAGCAAAACUCGAUGGAGUUUACGUGCGAUUGUGCGGGCACGGGGUACGCAGGGGCGGUCUGUCACACGCCCAUGAACGCGCUGUCCUGUCAGGCGUUCAAGAACGUGCACGACGUGAAGCAGCGGCAGCGCAUCGAGAUCGACGUGGAUGGUAGUGGACCGUUGGCACCGUUCCCGGUGACGUGUGAGUUCUACUCGGACGGGCGGGUGGUGACGGUGUUGAGCCACAGCUCGGAGCAUACGACGCGGGUGGAUGGGUUUGCGGAGCCGGGGUCGUUUGAGCAGAACAUCAUCUAUGAGGCGGAUUUGCCGCAGAUUGAAGCGCUGCUGAACCGUUCGACGGAGUGUUGGCAAACGCUAACGUACGCGUGUCGCUCGUCGAGGCUGUUCAAUUCUCCCUCCGAUCCGGAGAACUUCCGACCGUACGCGUGGUGGGUGUCGCGGCACAACCAACCGAUGGACUAUUGGGCCGGCGCGCUGCCCGGCUCGCGCAAGUGUCAGUGCGGUGUGGUGGGCGAUUGUAUUGACCCGACCAAGUGGUGCAACUGCGAUGCGAACAGUCUCGACUGGCAGGAGGAUGGUGGAGACAUCCGGGAGAAGGAAUAUUUGCCGGUGCGAGGGUUACGGUUCGGUGACACCGGGACGCCGGUGGAUGAGAAGCUUGGUCGGUACACACUGGGGCCGUUGCGGUGCUCUGGGGACAGUCUGUUCAACAACGAGGUAACGUUCCGCAUUGCGGACGCAACGAUCGAUCUGCCCCCGUUCGAUAUGGGCCAUUCGGGCGAUAUUUACUUCGAGUUUAAGACGACGAUCGAAAAUGCGGUGCUGCUGCACGCCCGCGGACCGACGGACUUCAUCCGGCUGGACAUUGUUGGCGGGACGAAGCUGCUGUUCGAGUAUCAGGCCGGCACGGGCACGCAGAAGGUGUACGUGGAGAUGAGCAACAAGCUGAACGACGAUCGGUGGCAUUCGGUGAGCGUGGAGCGCAACCGCAAGGAGGCACGGCUGGUGGUGGAUGGUUCAACGAAGGCGGAAGUGCGGGAACCACCGGGACCGGUGCGUGCGUUGCAUCUGAACUCGACGCUAACGAUCGGUGCGAGGUUGGAUUAUCGUGAUGGAUACGUUGGAUGCAUUCGGGCGUUGCUGUUGAACGGUGAACCGGUCGAUUUGCGAUCGUACGCCGAGCGGGGCCUUUACGGUGUGUCGGCUGGGUGUGUGGGAAGGUGUGAAUCGAGCCCGUGCCUGAACAAUGGCACGUGUACGGAGCGGUACGAUGGGUUUACGUGCGAUUGCCGCUGGAGCUCCUUCAAGGGACCGAUCUGUGCUGAUGAAAUCGGUGUAAAUAUGCGAUCAUCGUCCAUGAUCAAGUACGACUUCCAAGGUGCCUUCCGUUCGACACUGUCCGAGCGCAUUCGUGUCGGCUUUACCACCACCAACCCGAAGGGCUUCCUGAUCGGCCUAUUCUCCAACAUCACGCAAGAGUACCUCACGCUCAUGGUGUCCAACUCGGGCCAUCUGAAGGUGGUGUUCGACUUUGGCUUCGAGCGACAGGAGCUGAUCUAUCCCGUGAAACACUUUGGCCUUGGCCAGUACCACGAUGUGCGCUUUUCGCGCAAAAACUCCGGCUCGACGGUCGUGCUGUCGGUGGACAAUUACGAACCGCAGGAGUACCAUUUCGACAUUAAAGGCUCGGCCGACGCACAGUUCAACAAUGUGGAGUACAUGUACAUUGGCAAAAACGAAUCGAUGAAGGACGGAUUUGUGGGUUGCAUUUCGCGCGUCGAGUUUGACGAUAUCUAUCCACUGAAGUUCCUGUUCCAGGAGAAUCCACCACCGAACGUCCGAUCGCUCGGUACGCCACUGACGGAGGACUUUUGCGGUGUGGAACCGGUGACGCAUCCACCGAUCGAGAUCGAAACACGACCGCCACCACUGAUCGACGAGGAUAAGCUGCGUGAUGCUUACGGGCCCGAUACUGCCAUCCUUGGAAGUGUGCUUGCGAUCAUACUGCUGCUGAUCAUCCUGAUGGCGAUACUGAUCGGUCGGUACAUGAACCGGCACAAGGGCGAAUAUCUGACGCAGGAAGACAAGGGUGCGGAGGCGGCCCUCGACCCAGACGAGGCAGUGGUGCAGUCGACCACCGGCCACCAGGUGACCAAGCGGAAGGAAUUCUUCAUCUAAGGCGCCACCCUGCCCAAGUUCAUACUUGGUCUUAGGCCUGCCUGCCUGUGACAGUCUGCUCCUGUGUGUAAAUACUGUUAAAUUGCGUACCCCGUAACACGAGACCGCGCAAUCUUCCCGUGAGCUCUGUCGGCUGCAGGGGGGGGAAGCAAAGGGAACCGAACAACCCCCGAAGCAAAAAAAGGCCAUUCCGUGUUGUUGUCGGUGCAUUACGGUUUUUUUUGCAUUUCGCCUUCAAAAGGGUGUUUUUUUGUCGCAAGCAAAAGCCGAGUUAAUGUUUAAGUGAUUUUAAUUUUAAAACUGCCGAAAGCGAAAAUGAGUUUUCUAUUUUAUAAUAUUUUUGACCAACCAAACUCUCUCAACGUAGUAAAAAACACGUAAACGAGAACGACCCCGUCCUUUUUUCACAGUACUUUUUUAAACGUUCGCGAAUGUGUGCGAAGCAAAAAACACGGACAAGGAAACACAUCCAGGAGAGAGAGAGGGAUAGGAGUGAUGGGGGAUGUUUCUUUGUUCGUGCUUAAGUUUAAGCAUUUUAGUUAGUAGAGCCAUUUUUUUCCUUCUGUAGUCCAAACGGAAACAAUCGAAACGAAGAACUCCGUGGUGUGUUUUGGGUGGUAGUAGUAGGCUCUGACGAAUGUACGAAUGGGAACGAAUGAAUCUCAACGGAGAAGGAAUCGCUCGAGAACAACACCGGGGAAGGUCGAUGUUUUAUGUUUAAACUUUUCGUUACAUUAAUCCGUCCUUUAAGAGAUAGUUUUGUUUUUUAAAUAUAUUUUCUUUUUUGAUUUAACGCGAACGGCGAAUAACCAACCAACCAACGCGCUCCGGCGACGAAGCACGAUAAGAAGGUGUGAAUCGUGGAAACAACAAAAUGAUAGAAAGUGGUAAUACACAAAGAAAACCAACAAAUUGUAUCAGGAAUUAAAAAAAAAAACCAGAAUCAAACUCAAUUGUGAAGUGAAAGAAGCUGAAAGUGGAAGAAAAGGGAAGAGGUUUUGCGUUUAAUUUUUGCGGAAAAGUUUGCAUCCACGGUCCCUGCAAUCGAGUGAAGUAAAAGAAGGAGGCAAAAAGCACGUGAUCGAGAAGAAGGAGAAAAAGACAAAUUAUUGUUUCAUUUUCAGUAUCAAUUUUCAAGGAGGAGAAAGUAGUGAGUAGAAGGGGCGCGUGAGAAAAUAAUAAAUGCUGCGAAACGAACCAACAA